GUGGUAAAGGAUAGGAUUUAUGUUGGGGGAGGGCAGAUUUCAUGUGUGCCCUUCAAGAGUACAAAGCCACGACGCUCUGCACGGGACAAGAGGUUUUUUCUCCCAGGACAUCUUGUGAGAUACUGAAUGCGAGCAGUGGGCCACACAACAAGAACAACAGCCAUGAAGUUCCAAGCUCUUUUCUUCCUCCUGCUCCUCACCUGCAUGUGCCUGAGUCUUGCUCAAGGCUCGUAUGGUAACUGCUGCCUUGGCCACGUUCCAGAGAUGAAAGCAAAUAAAAAGAGAAAUGUUCAGAGUUACAGGAUGCAGGAAACAGAUGGCGAUUGCAACAUCAGAGCUGUUGUGUUUCUGAUGAAGAAGAGGCCUUCACAUACAAAGCAGCGGACUGUCUGCGCCAAUCCAGAGGAGCGCUGGGUCCAGCAACUGGUGGAGGCUUUGGACAUGAAAAUGGCAAAGAGGAAUUAGAUGACUUAAAGGAGAAGAACAAGAGAGGAAUGUGAGAGAGCAGAGGUGUCGUUCGAUCUUCAUGUCAUGCAUCAUAUAUCACCUGUCACCAGAUGGAUUGUCUUACAGCAGGGUUGGUAUUUCCUGUAGCUGACAGAGAAUGUUAAUGUACACAGUUCACUAUAAAGCCAACAUACCAUACCCUCCAUGUUAUAACCAUUAUAGCAACAUUCAUUUAUAUGAGCCAUCGCUAUUAUACUGUUCACUGAUCUGUGAUAUGUAGCACCUGCUAGGAAUGAGCCACUAUUUGGCAGCUUUGAAAUGUACAUGCAGAGUGCACAAGCGUGUGUGAUGUAUAUGUGUAAACCAUAUCAGGAUAAGAUAAAAGUUUUUUUAUAUGACAGAUUGCCAUAUUUUUAUAUCUGCAUAGUAAUUGUACUUUUUUCCUUGUAUAUCAAAUAAAGAAGCAAUGCAACCCAAA